AUCAGCAUUUGAGAGCAACAAUCAAUUUGCAGAGCAGGAAGCAACUCAAAACAAACAGAGGUCCAUUACAAGUGACAGAUCCAGUCGAGCAUUCUGUCAAGAUGAUGACCACGUACCGAUCUCUGAGGGAGUUUCCUGUGAAACUCAUGUGUUUCAUCUGGUUUACAGCGGUAUGUUUGCCUUCGGUGCUGGGAGCUCGGAUGAUGCUUGAUUUUCCAACUCUGCCUCCUCUCCCAGCUUUCUCUACUCAGCUUCCAACGCUGCCUCCUCUACCAAGUCUUCCUUCUCAUCUUCCAUCGCUGCCUCCGCUCCCAACUCUCCCACCUCUUCCUACUCACAUCCCAAAGCCGCCUCCUCUUCCCACGCUUCCACCUCUUCCUGCUCAUCUUCCAUCGCUUCCACCUCGUCCCACUCACAUUCCAACGCUACCUCCUCUUCCCACGCUUCCACCUCGUCCUACUCACAUUCCUACGCUACCUCCUCUUCCGACUCUUCCACCUCUUCCCACUCACAUUUAACUGCUCGUCUUCCAGCUGUCCCCCGUUCUCCUCCAUCUAAAUCACCAUCUCCAGCUCCUUCAUCUUAGUCUUUCCCCGUUCGACUCCUAGCACGGUCAGAGAACGCGGGGACACAUCGCUCAUCUUCCAGCAACUGUCACCUGAUGAUCCUCUCUGUCCUCAGAUUAUACCAGAACAAUAUUUUUUUCCUGAAGUACCGUGGCCAUCUUGAUCAGUCGGAGGUGGCCUAUUUUCUUCGAGUAGAGGAAUGCACGCCGUCUCAAACAUCUGAAGUUUCGAUGGAGGGGCUCCAGAAUGCAAGUGCCAUCAUUUUGCAGAUUUUCAUCAUGUGCUGAUAUAUGCCCACUACAAGAUGUGUUCCAGGGUUGUUUCUGGUCGUUCACGGCAUACAGCAUCCACAUUAUUCAGCUCCCAGUCGUGCCGAAGGGUGCAGAUCGAAUGCUUAGUCUAUAUCUCUAGACCUGAUCAGGGCAAACUUCAAUUAGUUUCAAACAAAGAGUGCGACAGCAUUCGCCGGCAUAAAUGUAAUAAGCAGUGCAAUAUGUUUAGUGGGAUGGUAAUCUAAAUAGGUAGAAAAGUAAUAAUUAUUGUGAACUACAGUCAGCAAUUCAGUGAACCGUUGAUGUCGAUACUGGGUGCAUGUGAGGGAUGAUAGCUACUGAAUUUAUUCCGUCUAACAUGAAAUGAUAUUUUCCAGGAAGAAAAGUAUCAAAUGUUGGGCUUCAUUUUCUAUCAAACAAUAAAUUUUACCUCGGAUACUCCUUUUGAAUUUUCU